AUGGUGUAUGUAGACGACAUUCUGCUCACUGGGACCAACGAGGAACUAGUGUCGACCAUUAUCGAACAGAUGAAGGAACGGUUUGAAACGGUGGAUCUAGGAGAUGCGAAGUUCAUCGUGGGAAUGGCCAUCCACCGCAACCGCGACGCGGGCACUAUUCUCUUGACGCAGGAGGCAUACACCAAGGCCGUACUUGCCAAGUUUGGCAUGGCCGACUUGCACCCGACGAAGACGCCGGCGGAGGUUGGACCGAUGAGCACAGUGGUGGAGGAAGAGACUCUGACGCCGGAUGAAACUACAAUGUUCCGGUCUGCCACAGGUUCGGCUCUAUACAUAUGUAGGAAAUCGAGGCCGGACCUUUCCCACACGAUACUGGUGCUUACCAAGAGCAUGGCUAAGCCCGGGACUAAGGCGUGGGCUAAGCUGAAGCGACUGAUGCGGUACCUGAAGGGAACCGCAUCGCUGGGGAUAACAUACAGCGAGGACGCAUCGAACGGAGGCAAACUAACCACUUACGUUGAUUCCGACUUUGCAGGCGACAUAGACGACAGGAAAUCGACUACUGGGGUUAUUAUUGAACUCGCAGGUGGCGUGGUAGACUCGACGGCUACGAAGCAAACGGUGACGGCUGUCUCGUCGGCUGAGGCGGAGUAUGUUGCAAUGUCCAAGGCCUGCAAGAUAAUCCUCUACUGGCGCCACCUACUCAAGACUAUCAACCGGGAGCAGAAGGAAUCAACGAUAUUGUACGAAGAUAGUACUGGUGCCAUGUCAACUAGAUAG